CAAUUGGUGGCCACACCAGGGGACGCUGCUAGCCUGCUUGCAUACAUACUCCAGCUCGCUUCACGUGUCAUUGUGCGAUCAAUCUCGUCCUACUUGGUCCCAGAUCACGAAACCUCUCAACAACCAUCUCCCGGUCAUGGCGUCUGCUGCGUCUUGCUCCGGCGGAGCCCGUGACGCGCAGGUUCAGCUCCCGCACGUCGUUAUGUUCCCGUUCAUGGCCAAGAGCCACGCUAUCCCCCUCACCCACCUCGCCCACCUGCUCCGGCGCCGCCAGCUGGCCACCGUCACCUUCUUCACCACCCCGGGCAACGCGGCGUUCCUCCGCGCCGCGCUGUCCGGCGCCGACGGCGUGGCCGUCCUGGAGCUGCCCUUCCCCGACGACGUGGUCGUCCCCGGCGUCCCGCCGGGCGCGGAGUGUGUCGAGGCCCUGGACUCGCUGUCCUCCUUGCCGGCGUUCACCGCGGCCGUGUCUCUGCUGCGGCCGCGGUUCGAGGAGGAGCUCGCCGCCAUGCGGCCCCCGGCCAGCGUCGUCGUGGCGGACGCGUUCCUCUACUGGGCGCACGCCGCCGCCGCCGCGGUCGGUGUCCGGACGCUGGCGUUCUUCGGAGCGAACAUGUUCGUGCACGUCAUGAUGGAGGUGAUCGUGCGCGACAACCCGGUCGCGAUGCUCGCCGGCGGCGCCUCGGACGCCGCGUUCACCGUGCCCGAGUUCCCGCACGUCCAGCUCUCGCUGGACGACCUCCCGUUCCCCUUCAACGAGCCCGAUCUAAUGGCUACCCCUUCGAUGCGCAAGAUGGGCGCCAAGCUCUUGAAAGCUAUCGCCGACAGCCACGGCCUGAUCGUGAACACCUUCCAAGCCAUGGAGAGCCGCUACAUCGACCACUGGAACCGGCACGUCGGGCCUAGGGCCUGGCCAGUCGGCCCGCUCUGCCUGGCCCAGCCGACGACGCCGCCUCUCGACGUCGCACCUGCGUGGAUGCGGUGGCUGGACGAGAAGGCGGUUGCAGGCCGCGCCGUGCUCUACGUCAUGCUCGGAACGACGGUGGCCGUGCCGGGCGCUCAGCUGAGGGAGGUCGCCGACGGGCUGGAGCACUCCGGGCUGGACUUCCUAUGGGCGGUGCGCCCCGUGGACGCUGACCUUGGCGGCGUCGAGGAGCGCGUCCGAGGGAGAGGCAUGGUGGUGCGCGAGUGGGUGGACCAGCGCGCGAUUCUCCGGCACGACGGCGUGAAGGGCUUCAUGAGCCACUGCGGGUGGAACUCGGUGAUAGAGAGCGUCAGCGCCGGCGUGCCGCUGGCGGUGUGGCCGAUGAGCGCCGAGCAGCCGCUGAAUGCGAAGCUGGUCGACGAGCUCAAGAUCGGGAUAAGAGUAGUGCCGUCAAAACACGGCAUGACCAGCACAUUGGUACGGGUCAGAAGCGAGGAGGUUGCCAGCGUCGCCAAGGAGCUCAUGAAGGGCGAGAAGGGUGCGGAGGCGGCGAGGAACAUGGCGGCACUAGCGGCGAAGGCACGGGAGGCGGUGGACGAGGGCGGGUCAUCGUGGAGAGCGGUGGAGGAGAUGAUCGCCGGUCUCGGUCAGCCGGCGUAGCAAUCCACCGUGGGAAUGUUCGGUACUAGUGCCUCCAUCCCAAAAUUACAAUUUAUUUUAGCUUUUUGAAAUACUAUGCAUCUAAAAGCAACAGGAAUUGUAAUAUGGGACUGAGAGGUACGGGGUACAUCAAUAAAUCUUGCAUUUUGUUUGCAGUUUGCAAGUGUGUUCUCGUGCGGUUAGUUGUCCUCGUACGGUGCGGUGCAAGCAGUGUUGUCGCUGCCCUUGCUGACUGAUUGUGGGGUUAAGCCCUGAUUGUGUUGUUCCUUUCUAUUCAUUUAUUUUCAUUGUAACCUGAGCACAACUCUUAUUCGAAUUGUUCUAAAAAAAACUCUUAUUCGAAUUU